AUGGAAUAUCACUCCGUUCCUCUUGAAGAGCGCUCGAGAGAUUCGAAAGGAAAUCUUCUCCCUUUCGGGCAUGUUUAUAAAGACGAAUCCCGAAAUCCGCGAAGACCUCCCGAAGAGACCGGUUCCUUUGGCAAACGAAGAAAUGCCCGAUACAAUUCUACACGCUCUGGAACUCGGACAGGCACACCUGCUAGACGUGAGAAUCUGAAUGUAGCAGAAUUUGGCAGACUGUUCGCGCUUCAGCAAGAGGAAGAGCAAGCCCGCAACAAGCUUUUACCGUCCGCCACGACGUCCUCCGCCGUUGAGAACUCUCGCAAAUCUGCUGAUGCUGUUGCUACUGAAUGCAUUUUCUAUGGCUACAAGGAUCGCACCUGUGAAUGGAAAGUCAUCGAUCGAUUUGUGCGCAUUUCACAAGGCUCCAUUUAUGAAGAUUAUCCCCGCACUGAUCCUGAUAUUGCGCCAAAAUACCCACAGCUACUCAGUGCUGACGAUCUCAUGGUACAUAAAAAUCUUUCUGCCGACGCAAACAGAAAGUCAAAAAAAUACGCCGGUGGUCGACAUUGGAUCAAGGUGACAUUCGACUCGUUUAGUGCCGCUGACCGCGCUUGCCACUUCUCACCGCAAGUCAUUGACGGCUACUCUGUUCGCUGUGAAUUAUACCAUGGCCAUGGGCCUAAGGAAGACGUGCCUCUACUACAUGCUUCCCUUGAAUCGGGUCGGAAGAAGCAAAUGAAGGCAGUUUUAGUCGGCAAUUCAGGGGUUGAUAAUAGUGAAAAAACGGAAGAGUUUGACCAAAUGAACGAUUUUCGACCCUUUAAUCCCACCUCAAAAUUUGAUAGACUUAUUAAUGACGAUGUGACAUCUCAAAUUUCCUCAGUAACUGCGAGCUCGGCUACCGUCACGGCACUUCCGCCUGUUGAUACCACUCUUCGCUCGCGAGCCCCACAAAACUCCAAAUCCGAAUUCAUGACUCACAUUCCCACAGUGCGGCGAGCCAUUCUUCGGCCAGCAUCAGAAGCGUUGCCCCCACAGCCUUCUCUAGGUGAACGCAUUAUUCGUUCGAUUCCCAUACUCAGCUGGUUCAGCGGCGAUAUCGUGGGUGAUGGCCCUGUUCUUAAGGACGAUGGAACUUUUGACCACGACAAGUCGAAUCUUUACUGGCGCUUCUGGUAUAUGGUUGAUAAAAUAUUGAGAACCGAUCUCUGUGGGUUGAAAGAAGACUCCUAA